GCGCAGCAGCGGCUGCGUCCCUCGCCUGGUCGGCGGCACUUCGAGCGCAUACUGGGUGCCAGGCACCCGGCAAACGUGAGGAUCCUACGGAGAUUGAAGAGACUCGAGCAAGAGGUCAAGUUGGAUGGGCCAACCUCGGCACCUUAUGCCGAGACGCGCCGGAAGAAGCGUGCCUGGUACGCCGAUCCUGCAUCUGCUCAGCCGCACAAGGCGUACAAGGUCCGUGCUACCAUCCAAGCGCAGCAAGCUUCCCUGUUUCGGCGGCUUCGCAGGUAUCGCUUGGGUGGUUUUGAGCCAAACCUGGUGAGAGGAAGUUUUGCACCGCAGCGCAAGAUUCGUCCGGCCAAAGAUGUUGCUGGACCAACUCCGGUGCUUAGUCUCGACCAGUCUGUGGUCCUGACGCGGGCGCUGGCAUCAGAGUGUGGGAAGACGAUACCAGGAUGUGAGCUGCUACUUCAUCAGCUAGGCGAGCACACAGCAAAAGCUCUGGGUGCUCCCUGUACAACAUCACUGCAGGAGCAGAGGGCACUGGUGGCUUCCUCUCGCAUCGCAUCGUUGUUGGGCGCGGCAAAAAUUGGCUGCCCCACGCUCCUCCAAAGAAUCGAGGAGCGCAUCUCCGAUGGCAACCUUGUAGUUGGACUGCGAAAACAUCGGCCUCUGGCCCUGCCGCGAGCAUUGCUAUCGUAUUUGCAAUUGGCCCACGUGUCAUCUCAUGAUCGAGGCAGCACUGCUCAUGCUGUAAGCCGGCAGUUGGGGGAGCUGCUCCGAGUUGGACCUGACUGCUUGGCACUACUUUGGAUGCUGCCAUCAGACGAGCUGGCGGCAGUUAUUGGCAACCUUGCGGACUUGAUUGGCGAUUCUGAAGCUCUGGAGUUGCGAACUCGAGUCCGGCUGCGGAGGAACUUACUUGCAGGCCUUGCUGCUGUGGCUGCCGACGAGGGCGCCCCACCCCCUACUGGAUGGCUGAGGCCCUUGCAAGGAGCAGGAGGUGCUCCGCCCGCUGCUGGGGAGCUUGUGAUGUUGGCUGCUGGUGUUUGCUGGCUGUCGCGUACACCGAGCAAAAAACUUGCAGAGGUGUGCGCUCGAUUGGCCAUCUCG